CGUUUCAAAAUUAUUUCUUCUAUCGUUAAAUGAAACGUUUCUUGCUAGUUGAGGAGGCUAAAAAUCGAAACGUUUUUUGUUGAGGUUAAGAACACGAGUGUGUGAAGAAGAGAGAGAGAGUCACAUCUCACUAUCACAAUUCACAACAACCCAUUGAUUUUUUAGAUAACGAUACGAAACGAAACGAAACGAAACGAGAAACAGAGCCAUGGCUGGUGGUGCAGCCAAGCCGAGCCCAAGCGCGCGCGAACGAACCAUUCAAUGCAAAAACUAACGGUUCUCAGAACGAGAAAAGAAAACCAUUUUGGGAUUUUACGAAGAAGAAACAAAACCCACUCUUCUCUCUCUCUAUAUCUCUUUCUAGGGCAAACUUUUCCCUCAUAAUCGUCGCCUUCUGCUUCUUCUUAUUAUUAUUAUAUUCGCGUUUCUAAUCUCAACCGACUGUUAUUUUCCUUAAUCUUCAUCAGCUAGGGAUUCCUUUAUCCAGUUUUUCCUCAAGCAAGGCUGCUUAUGAAGGACACUGCUAAUUAAACUUGUGGGGGAUUUUCUUUGAGACUUGUGACAAUGGCAGCCGAUCAGUGGAGAAAACGCUUGCAUAGUACCAAUAUUGCGGGCUGCUAUGGAAGGGAGCAGCAUCGAGCAAAACGGAAGAAUACAGGGUUGCCUCAGUAUGAUUCAAACAUAAGAUCUCAUAUUUCUCUUGAGUGGGAUGGAAAUCACAAAAGAGUCAUUGCCAGAAAAGAACAAAUUGGCAUAAAUUGGAGAGACUUGAAGCCAUUUUUAGGUUCUUCUCCUCACGGCUCAAACAUUGUUGCUGAUGUUUGUGCUGUUCCUCCGGAAAUUUAUGAAUUAGAAAACAUUAAAGAGGUGCUCUCCUAUGAGGCCUGGGAGACUUGUCUCUCGGAAAGUGAGAGAAAUCAUCUUAUGCAGUUUCUUCCAAGAGAUCAAGAGGCUGAGCAAGUUUUGAAAGCAUUGCUAGCUGGGGAUAACCUUCAUUUUGGAAGCCCUUUUCUCAACUGGGGUGCUUCACUUUGCUCUGGUGAUCUUCAUCCUGAUGCAAUUCGUCAGCGAGAUCAGCAUUUGAGGAAAGAAAAGAAAGCAUAUUAUGCUGAGCUGCAUAAAUAUCACAAUAAUAUGAUUGAAUCUCUGGUGAAGCUGAAGGAGAGGUUUCACAACUCUAAAGAUCCAGAGAAGGAAAUUGUGCAAAAGAUACAAAGAUCAAAAAAUCAAAUGGACAGAAGAAUUUCAGUAUCUGCAAAUGACUCUAGAUUUCGUGUUCUUGAGGGAAAUGUUGCUGCUUCAUCUGAUUCGUGUUCUUGGGCUGCGGAUGAGAAAGCAUGCAGCAGUGACAACCAGAAUUCUUUCCUGGUUAAAGGUGCAGACCAUAAGAACAGGGUGCAUAAGAAAGGCUCUCUUAAUGGUCGAAGCCCAUCGAUUGUUUCAGAUGAUGUCCUUGAUGUUGGAACAAAAUUUAAAAAAGGAGACAAGCAGCAACAUCAGAAUGUCCUUUCAAAUGACGGUGCUAUGUAUAUGUCAUAUUUUAAGAUUAGCAAGAAGCAACAUGACAUUGUUAAGAACAUGAAGCAGUCUGGCAAAAGCAUCCAGUCUAGGUCUCUGAACCGAGUUCUAGGUAACCUUAAUAGUUUUAAUGUACAACCAUACGAGGUGUUUAUUCAAGAAGAACAGAAGAAGUUGCGUGAAUAUUGGAUACAAUUAGCAACUAAAGCUCUCCCAGCAGCAUUUGCAAAUUGGAAAGACUUACAUACCCAGAGAAGCCAAAUGAGGAUGUCUUUGGAACAAGAACUGAAUGAAAAAUUGAAAAUGGUGACAGAGGAUGACGAGGAUGGUGGGAGUCAUGAGUCUGCUCUUCAGGAUCAUAUAGAAACAGUCUGUAUUGCAGAAGACCACGUCUCAACAGUGGAGCAUGAUGAAAAGUCUCUAUCUGGCUCCCCAGAGAAACAGUCUCAAGAGAACUUUGUAUCUGGUGACGUAAACUCCACUGAUAGUGAUUCUGAAGAACAUACUGUCUCUAAAUCGGAUCCUGUUAUUUUGGAUCCGUCCGAGUACUCAGGAGCUGUGAACACUGCUGAUGUUGCCGUCAGUGAGGGAGUACAGGUAUCCUGUAAUGAUGAUGUCUGGCCUGCAGGUAACAUCUCGCAUUCCUACUACGAUUCUACAGCGAACCAUGAGUACACAUCCGAUGAGGGAUUGCCAAUUGCACAUCCCAAAACAAAUGAUGAGCAACAAACACACUUGAUUGAUCUGGAGUCCAACUUAGAAGUGGAAGAGACGGAAAAAGAUAUGGUGCAUAGACAACCUGAGGCUGAGGGUAUAUCCUUUAGACAAUCAGAUGAUGGUUCCUUUGGUUCUUACUCUAACCAACAUCGGAAUGAGUUGUUUCCAUCUGUUUUUAAGGGUCAGGGGGUGUUAUCCUACCAUCAUCAACAGAAACAAUCGACGGGGUUGGAUUUCCAGUCACCGAACAGUAUGCUCGUGGAAGAUGAUCAGUUUGCGGGACAUUUUCAGGAGCAGUCACAUCCAUCACUGCCAGUGGAACAGAGGCAAAAGAGAGAGAAUGAUGUUUACGAACAACAACAACGGAACCUAUCUGCCAACAUGUUUCCUGAUGGAGGUAGAUUCUUAAUCCCAAGGCAAGAGCAGUUGGCACCGGUCCAUAUGCAUGAUUGGGCUGUCAAUAGAGUCCCGAUACCGCCACCGCCUAUCCAGACUAAUUUAAAUGUUGGAGUUUUACAGAACUGGUUUCCUGGUGAGCAUCGAGCUCGUGGUGGAUGGACCAUGUCAGGUGGUUCUAGUGUUCCCAGUCAGAGCAUGGGGAGUGUGAGCGGAGGAGAUCAGAGUCUAUUCAGCGUCCUAUCUCAGUGCAACCAAAUCCGUUCAAGCAGCCCAUAUCAUCAUCAUUCAAUGCCCAACUCGAACCAAUUCAUCCCAUCAAGAACCUACGAAAUGAUGGGAAGGGCAACUCCUGUUAUAAACAAUAUCCCACCGCAAUCAAGUCAUUCACUCGACUAUAUGAGCGGGCGUGAAGCUGCCACUUCGUCCUUGAUCCCCGAUGAUAUGGGAUGGAUUGGCUUGCCACCACCACAUCAGAGCUCAAGUUUACAAGAUCCAAUGGGAAAACCAUACUUGAGAUCAUGGAACCAAUAAAGAUGACCCGGAGUUAGGGACAACGAUAGGGAGAGGAGGAAGACAAAAUCGAGCAAGAUAGGUUUCUGUACAUACCUAAACAUUGAGCCAAAAUCAAGAGAGGCAAUGCAAAACGCCACUAUGUAUAUAUAUCUUAGAUGGUAACAGCACUUGCGGGUAGUCCCUUACUUUUUAGGGGUUAGGUUUAGAUUUUUGCUCUGCUUUCUUUCAUAUAUUUCAAAGUUUUGUUGAGAAUUUUGUUUGUUCGUUUUUAGUCUUUUAUUUUCAACUUUGGAGGUUAUAUAUAAACUUCUAUGCUAAACAUAGUUUAGGGAGAUAUGCUUUAUGGGCCA